AUGUCACUUUGUCUUUCGUGUGUUUUUGUGUUUAUUCCGGACGAUUUGGUUUUUUUUUUGUUCAUCACAAGGUUUUAUUUAAAAAUUGGCACGACGGAUUCCUUAGGCAAAAUGGAAAAACAGGAGCAGUUGCUGCCGGAUCCGAGGCGAAGUAUUCUUCAGAUGGCUGUUGCCGGAAUUUUAGAUGAACUUGGUUUCGGAAAAGCCGACAAAGAAUGUGUUGAAACAUUGACAGAGAUGCUCCAAAGCUUAAUCAUAGAAAUAGCGCACACAUCAAAGAAUUAUGCCGAGCUAUCAGGACGAACGCAGCCUUUUCUCGGAGAUAUUGUUGUGGCGUUAACCAAUCUCGGUAUUCCACUGCACGGAGUCACCGAUUUUGUAAAGCGAAAAAUUCACAAAAUUCCAUCACCCCAAACAAUUACCAUGCAAAAGCAAUUGAGUCUGUUGCAAGCUGGAAAGUCUGUUCCACUUCCAUCGCACAUUCCCAACCAUUUCCCACCGUUGCCAGAUCCUCAUGCGUAUGUUAGAACGCCAACACACAAACAACCGGUGACUGAAUACGAGGCCAUUCGUGAAAAGGCCGCUUCGCAAAAGCGUGACAUUGAAAAGGCACUCACACGAUUUCUGGCCAAGACCAGCGAUACAGAUUGCUUGUUUGCCUCGGAGGACAAUCAAAUGUUUCCACUGAUUGCAUGUAAACCAUCAUUUCCACCGUACUUGGCCGCGCUAAAUCCAACCGAUCAGGUGUUUGACUUUGAAGAAUUGGAAUAUCACUAUUUGGUGGCGAAUCGAACGGAGGACAUGAUCGCCAAAGAUGAUGACGACGACGACGAAGACGGUGAAGGAAAGGAAAAAGACGAGAAAAACAUUUCGAUUGAUGAACAUCAGAGUUCGCCCAUUGAUUCGAUUAGCACAUCACCGCAGCUCAAAAGCCCGAUCAUAGACAAUCCGUACCUGAAAGCGGCCAAACCACCGAAAAAAUCCGACGUUAGCAUUAGCCUUAAUUUUUAAUUUAUAAACAUAAAUAAUAACAAUCCACACUUACUCGAUACACAAAAUACAUAACGCACAUGCAUUGAAAACAU